AUGUCUAAAGAUUUGAUGAAACCGUUCUUUCAUGACAAGAAGAAAGAUGACAUUAAUGGGUUUCUUUUCGAUUAUAGUAGAUACACCAAGUCGAAGAAUUGGGAUAAUGAAAUGAGGUGCGAAAUGAUAGUAAUGCACAUGCCUGAUGAGACAAAAGCAUGGGUUAGAGAAUUAAUAAAAGGUUGUAAUAAUAACUGGAAUAAGCUGGAAAAAGGAAUAGUGAGAGUAAUAAACACUGAAGGUAAUGAGAAAUUGAAGAUAAAUUGUUUAAGAAACAUCAAGCAAGGUAAAAAGAAAAUGAUAAGGGAAUACACAAGUAGGUUUGAAGCAUAUACAGAUACAGUUAAGGACAAAAUAAAGGAGGAUGAGAAGCAGGAUUGGUAUUUAGAUGGAAUGCGAAAGUUAUAUGGAUCGAGAGUGAAAAAUUUCUGUUUUGAUAAUUUCAACAAAGCCAAAGUAACUGCUUUUUAA